CCUCUGUAAUUACAAAAUCUAAUCAGUAAACUAUAUUAAGGUACACAAUGUCUUACGGUACACCUAGUUUUUCUGGGCCACCGCCUGCCUAUUCUCCUGUUUCUACAGCUGGGCCUUCAACUCAUAAUGAACCACGAGAUUUUGAUCAAAUACCUGAUGAUUUCACGCAUAAAGUUUACGUUCCCGUUAGCGAAUAUGAUGUCGACGUCCGUCUGGCCUUUAUGCGCAAAGUUUACUCAAUAUUAUUUGCACAGCUGUCGCUUUCCACUUUAAUCGCAGGAGUUAUGAUGUAUAAUGUUAAUUUUAAAUCUUGGUUUUACGAUCAUAUUUGGACUUUCUAUGUUGCAAUUCUUGCUUCAUUCGUAUUUUUGCUCUUACUUGCGUGGAAACGUCGAUCUUAUCCACUUAAUUAUGUUUUUUUGACUGGAUUCACACUUGUAGAAAGUUACACAGUUGGAGCAACUGUGACAUUCUUUGAUAGAUCGAUUGUUUUACAAGCUUUGAUUUUAACAACUGGAAUAUUUAUUGGACUUACCUUGUUUACUUUCCAAUCUAAAUAUGAUUUUAGCGGAAUGGCUCCUUAUUUAUUCGGAUUUCUUUGGGUCGUGGUUAUUAUUGGAUUUUUUGGAAUCUUUUUCCCAUUUGGUGAUACGAUGGACUUAAUUAUAGCUAUCGGAACCGCCAUUUUAUUCUGUGGAUUUAUUAUUUAUGACACUUACAACAUAAUGAACAGAUUGAGUCCAGAGGAAUAUAUUACGGCAUCGGUUGAUCUUUAUCUUGAUUUUGUCAAUUUGUUCAUUGCUAUCCUCAGGAUUUUAAAUGAUUUAAAUCGAGAUUAAAGAGCCAGUAUAAUAAAAUUAUCUUGGAUAGGAAUUGAAAAGAGAUGCAAUUAGAUUAUCUGAGUAUCAAAUAUCAAUUGUUAUUUCAGUUUUUUUUGUGGAUUAUUUAGCAUUAUCAACUUAGUUUUUAGCGAUAUCUUACGUUUUUUUUUAAUUAUACUUUGCAUAGUAUAUUGAUAUCUAAAUUGUAUACUCAACUUGUGUCAAUUAAAAUGACACACUAUAGACAUUUUUAUUUGACAUUGCCUAUGUAUUACAUAACUCGGCUUUAUACUUUUUCCCUGAAUAUGACAUAUGAUCUUUUGAAGUGGCUUGAAUGUCACAUGACGCAUAGAUUACGUAAUGUUUACCGGAAAAUACAAAUUUAAAAAGGGUUUUAUUUUUUUUAUUUUUUUUUAUUUUUU